CAAGUGUCAGAUGAGGUUACAUGUCCACCAGCAGCUUCAGGGCAUGUGAGGUGGUCACCAAGGGGAGGGGAAGUGGAAGCUCCAGUGGGGUGGUCACCACAGAUAGAAGGUAUCAGAUUCCCAGCUCUGCUCUCCAGGCCAUCCAGCCCCUCAGACUUCAAUCUCCUCACUGGAACAAGCUGGAAGUGCUGCACAAGCCUGGUCCAGCCAUGAGCUAAGGAGGUCAGGAGAAUGGAGAGCAGCCUGAAGACCUUCAGACCCACCCAAAACCUUUUCUGGCUUGCAGACAUGAUGGUAUCCAAGAUGGAGAGAGACGAGAUGGAGACUCUGGCCAAUGAGGCAGAGCAGAGACAUGGAAGGGCCAACCUGACCCUGGACCCAGACACUGCCAACCCCUUCCUGAUCCUGGCUGGUGACCAGAGGGGCGUGCGACGGGGGGGUGGGAGGACUGGCAGAUCUUGGAGAUGGAUGUCACCAAAGAGUCUCCUCCAUUCCCUCCACCCCACAGAUGGGACUGCAGAGACCACAGGGAGCACAGAGAUUCAGUGCAUGGAGGAGCUUGUUUCCAGGUGGCCUCAGUGCAGGAAAGUGGCAUGAAGUGCCAAGGCACUGCAGAGCUGCUUUGUACAAGACCAUGAAAAAUACAGCAGGUCCAAAAAAUUAGAUAUUAGAAAGAAUUUCUUUACCCAAAGAGAGGUUGGACAGUGCCACAGGCUGCCCAGGGAGGUGGUGGAGUCACCAUCCCUGGAAGUGUUUAAAAGAAAUAGAGAUGUGGUGCUGAGGGACAUGAUUGAAGCACUGAAUGGGUAGGUGAGAUUAUGCUUGGUGGAUUUAGGGUAUGGUUGGACUUGAUGAUCUUCAAGGUCCCUUCCAACCAGGAUGAUUCCGUGAUUCUGUGAAAAGGUGCUGGAAUCAUCUCUCUGGCUUUUUUCAAUAAAGCUGAAUUAUGAAGUUAAAAAAAAAAACCCAAACGCAGCUGGAUGCUGGAGCUCAUGAUAACACUUAUCUCCUCCCUACAUCCAAAGCCUCUCCUUGCCUUAUUUCCAGUUCUCACUGGUGUGUUCAUCAAGCACAUUUCCUACAGCAGAGCACUAGAGCCAAGGAAGCAAGCAAGAAACUGAGAGGUGUCUGAAGUCCAGAGGCAAGUCAGUUGCACCAGAUCUGCUGUUCUCUGAUCUACCCCCAUCAAGGUCUGGAGGGCUGACCAAAAGUUAAAGAUUGUUAAUUGUCCAAAUACUGCCAGGCCUGGGGCAUCAACCACCUCUCAAGGAAGCCCGUUCCAGUGUUUGACCAGCCUCUCAGUAACAAAAUGCUUCCAAAUGUCCAGUCCAAACCUGGAGCAGCUUUGAACCAUUCCCAGGCAUCCUGUCCCUUGAACCCAGGGAGAAGAGCUCAGCACCUCCUUCUCCACCUCCUUGGGAAGCUGCAGAGAGCCAUGAGGUCACCCCUCAGCCUCUUUUUCUCCAAAUGAGACAAACCCACUGUGCUCAGCUGCUCCUCACCAGAUGUGCCUUCCAGUAGAUCUGCUCUGAGAACUGGCAUUUUGGGGAAACGAUGUUCAAAGGACACGCUAGACCUGGAAAAGGUGGGAGGUUCUCCACUCCCAGGGCCUUGCUUUGUCCUCUUCUGCUAACUUAUGCUCUUAGGAGAAGAAAAGGUGAACGUAGGCAAAGGGGACAAUUGCCUGGGUCUAGCAUAGACUUAAUCUUCUCCAGCCCUAUUGCUGGUUGGACCCCUUUGGUACCAACUCAGUUAUCACCUUUGUGGUGGGCGCUGGGUACAGUCUGCAGCACUGGUCUCCCUGGCCUGCUCCAGCAGCUGGACAGUGUUGCAGAACCAGGUCAGGCACAGAGACCCUGUCCUGGCCCCAGGAUAGGGCCAGUCUCUGGCAGUGUGCAGGGACAGGUGACAUCCUGCUGCCUCUGGGCUCUGCACGUGUAGGACAGCAAAGCACCCAAGGGACCAUCCAAGGAACCAAUCCCAAAACUCGUUCCCUGCUGGGAAUGGAUGACAUCUCCAAGUGGCUGCCCACACCUUGGUUGCCAGCACGUCCUCAGCUCCUGGUGCUGGCACUGACGUUGUGCCUGUGCAGAGGGAGCAAGAGCUCUGCACUUGCACCAGCACCCUGGGAGGAAGGUGAGAUCCCACAGCCCGAGCACAAAGGCAGCUGGAUACAUCUGGGUGCGUCUGGUAGAGCUGGAAUCAACCCCCAUGGCAGCACCACAGCCAACUCCAGCAGGUCACCACAGAGCAAGGACAAGGGGUGGGCAUCACCCUUGAGCAAGCUGCGACUUUCACAGAUGCUUUUCCACAACCCAUUUUUCCAGAGGUUGUAUUAAACAUCCUAGGCAGA